ACCAUGUGGAGCAAGGCGGGAAUCCUUCUGUUCAUUCUACAUGCUGUGUGUGGUCAGAGCAGCAUCAGGUGGUGCACCAUCUCAGAUUCCGAGCAGAAAAAAUGUGAGGCCAUGUCCCUAGCUUUUACCCAGGCCUCCAUUCGACCAUACCUCAACUGCAUCCGUGGCACUACAGAGGAGAACUGCGUGCAGAAGCUCCAGGCAAAUGAGGUUGAUGCUUUGUCCAUGUUUGCCCCUGACAUCUACAAACUGGGAAAGAGUGCCUCAUUCAAGAUAGCUGCCAGUGAAACAAAGGCCGAUGGUACCGGGGCCUCUUACUUUGCCGUUGCUGUUGUCAAAAAGGCCAAUUCUGGAAUCAACAUUAACAACUUAGCUGGGAAAAAGAGCUGCCACACUGGGAAAGGCCGAACGGCUGGAUGGAAUAUGCCCAUUGGAUACUUCAUCGACCAGGGCUACAUGUCCGUAAUGGGCUGUAAAUUCUCACAGAGUGUGGCACAGUUUUUCAACAGCAGCUGUGUUCCGGGAGCAAAUGAGGAGGCCGGUGAUCCCGCGUCUCUGUGCCAGCUGUGCAUUGGUGAUACAAACGGACAACACAGAUGUGAGGCCAGCAACGAUGAACGAUAUUACAGCUAUGAAGGAGCUUUUAGGUGCCUGGCUGAGGGUGCAGGAGACGUGGCCUUUAUCAAACACACAACAGUGGAAGAAAAUACAGACAAUCAUGGUCCAGAAUGGGCGAAACCUUUGAAGUCAGCAGACUAUGAGCUUUUGUGUCGGGAUGGCAGACGAGUUCCUGUCAGUCAGUGGAAGACAUGCAAUCUGGUCCGUGUCCCAUUCCGAGGCAUUGUGGUUGGCAAUCAUGUCACUCCAUCCGUGGUGUUUAACAUGCUUCAAGAAGGACUGGAGAAGUCUGGAUUCAACAUGUUUUCCUCCACACCUUACGGAGAGGGAACACUACUCUUCUCGGAGUCCUCCGUCAUGUUUCAAAACGCCGAGUAUGAUGAUCCGAAGAAAUGGAUGGGUCAGAUCUAUUAUAAUGCCAUGAGUGCUAUGGAUUGUAAACCUUCAGAAAGCUCUUUGCGGUGGUGUGUGCUGUCUGCGGGUGAGCAACAGAAAUGUGCUGCAAUGGGUAGUGCCUUUCAAAAUAAAGGGCUCGCUCCGAAUGUCAAUUGUAUUUAUGGGGACUCUGUGACGGACUGCAUGGAGAAAAUAAAGAGCAAUGAGGCUGAUGCUAUCACUCUUGAUGGAGGUUAUAUCUAUACAGCUGGCAAGGACUAUGGCUUGGUACCCGCUACUGGAGAGAGCUAUACAGCGGACAGGGAUGGCUCCAGUUAUUAUGCUGUUGCGGUGGUGAAAAAAAGUAGCUAUGACAUCAGGAGCCUUGAUGACUUGAAAGGCCUUCGCUCCUGUCACACUGGAUUUGGUCGAACAGCUGGUUGGAAUGUUCCUGUAUCGACCCUGAUAGAAAAAGGCCUGAUCAGCCCUCAGCGCUGUCAGAUCACCCAAGCUGUGGGUGGGUUCUUCAAGCAGAGUUGUGUACCUGGUGCAAAUCAACCCGGUUUUCCUAGCAACCUCUGUGGCUUGUGUGUGGGAGAUGACUCUGGACAAAACAAAUGCGAAAAGGGAAAGGACCUGUAUGAUGGUUACGACGGUGCCUUCAGGUGUCUGGCAAAGGGAGAUGGAGAUGUUGCUUUUAUCAAGCAUUCAACUGUUUUCAAAAAUACUGAUGGCAACUCUAGUGAAUCUUGGGCCACAGAUCUCCAUUCCAAAGACUUCCAGUUGCUCUGUCCCCAUAACACCAAAGUUGACGUCACUAAGUAUAGAUACUGUAAUUUGGCUCGCGUCCCCUCUCAUGCCGUAAUGGUGCGGCCUGAUGCCAACAUCCACGCGAUUUAUGGUCUCCUGGACAAUGCACAGACAUAUUUUGGCAGUGACACAGGUGCAGAGUUCCGCAUGUUCGACUCGCAGGCAUACAAGGGCACAGAUCUCCUCUUCAAAGACUCCACUGUACGUCUUGUGGGUGUAGCUGACAAAAAGACCUACAAGGAAUGGCUAGGCCAGAAUUACUUGGACUCACUGAUCAAUAUGGAGUGCAAUACAUCACAUAGAGUGAUUUCCUCACAGUGGUUUGUUGGCGUAAUGCUGCUCUGCUCCAUGUUGAUGACCAUCUGAAUGUCAACAUGAGGAACUUGACCCACUCUCAUCCCUCUCUUUGUUUUCCUAUCCUGAUACCCCAUCACAUAUCCCUGGUUAAAUAUGGAUUCAAACCUUCUCUGACAUUAACAAAAGAAAAAGUGUCACUUGUUGCUAUAAAAGAAAACCUGAGUAUUACACUACUAAUUUGUUUACAGAGGGUGAGCUGCCAUAUCAGAGCAUAUGCUGUCACCUGUUACAUUCUCAGAAGUCUACAGUGAUCCCUUCAUUCAAAAUAAUGUUUAAAAGGCCUUUGGUGCACAGAGAAAUUCCAUUUUACCAUGUCGUAAAACAUUUCUGGAUUUUCCCUUCUCAUUGCUACCUCUUGCUUGUUCCUUUUUAUAUUCAAACUAUCCAUUUAAUGUGUUUUCUUAUAACUACGGAUUUUUUUAUAUGAUGUUCAGAUGCCAUAUCAGUGUAUAUGUACUGACUCAUACUGUUGGAAAUUUGUGCAAUCUAUACUCUGAACAGAGAUUUUAUUUCGGUGUGAAAUGAUAAAUUGUAACUAAUAUUUAGUUGCCAGGCCAGUGAGUCUGCACGGGUAUUAAAAGCUACUUUUCUAUUCAGCUGUGUUGUAUCUUAAUAAAUUCAUAAGC